UCUGUCAAGAGAAUAAGACUAUAUGUUUUUUCUACUUUUUCUCUUUAAAAUAAUCGGAGAUGAUUCGUGUGAACAUUUCAAAUGUUAAAAUAGCUAUUUUACCACUAAGAGCUGAGAGAGAGUUUAAGGGGGGGGGGUCGUUGCGUGGAAAAGGCGUACUUUAGGCAGCAUUUACGCACAGUAAGUUCGCAGCGUUACAGGUCCACAUCUGCAAAAGUUUGCCUAUCCGGCUGCUGAAAACAAACCAACCAAACUUCCCCUGAGCAACAAAAGCUGCGGUCUAUUUUGACUUGCAGACGCUCCUUGAGGGUUGCGUUUGCGGUACCGGUGUAAUGCAUGCGGGCUGGCUGCCAACUGUCUGGGUCAGAGUGGCCAAGUAGGUAGCGUUGUCUGUCUGUCUGUCUGGACCGCAGGAGCGCUACAGCUAAAGAAACAUUUGCGAAAAGCCCUCCUUUCCAAAAAGGCUACUACCCGUGUUUGGAGUCCGGUCUCUUCCUCGGAUCGUCACCGCUGUGUCACCUGGAUCCGCUUGUGUGCUGCAGUUUGUAGUUUGCACAUGCUGCUUUCAAGCGCGUCACAGUGCAGAUGGAUUGGUCAAGACAAAGAUACAGAGCUUCCUGUUUGCGUCUGAUGGAUUACAGUGUUUUGUAUGAGCUGCUGACAUGAAUUCAGAGGCUGGUGAGAUGUGGGAGUGCUCAUCUUCAGGAGAAAUCUGAGACCUGAAUGAGCCUUCAAGCACGCACCCUCUACCCCUACCCCAUGUCACAUCUUUCCCUGAAUUAUGGAAAUUUUGUGGAAGACGCUGACUUGGACACUGAGCCUGGUGGUGAUGACUGCUUCUGAAUUUCAAAGUAUCAGCAAACUCUCACACAACUCCCAAGAGGAGUUCCUGUCCUACCUGCAGCACUACCAGUUGACUGUCCCGGUGCGGGUGGAUGAGAAUGGAGAAUUCCUGAGCUACACUGUGAAGCACCACCGGCCAGGCCGACGGAGACGGGGGGCGGUGGAUCCGAUGAUGGGAGCCCAGCCCGCGUUAGACCCACUGGAGCCCCGACUGUUCUACAGACUGUCAGCCUAUGGAAAGCACUUUCACUUAAACCUGACUCUCAACCCCCACUUGGUGUCAAAACAUUUUACAGUGGAGUACUGGGGUAAAGAAGGGCUGGAGUGGCGGCAUAAUAUGGUAGAUAACUGUCACUAUAUUGGAUUCUUGCAAAAUCAGCACAGUACAACUAGAGUGGCACUCAGCAACUGCAAAGGCCUGCACGGUGUUAUUACAACAGAGGAAGAACAGUAUUUAAUAGAGCCUUUAAAGAACAUAUCCUCAACCACCUCUGGUGAAUGGAACCUGGAAGAAGCACAGCAGCAUGUUAUUUAUAAAAUGUCUGCCAUUCCCUCACCACAAGAGCAUAGCCAGGAGUUCAGCUGUGGCAUUUCAGACCUCAUUAAAACCAGUGCACCUUGCCAGCUUAGCACGCCUUCGCCCCAAAACUACAGCAAGCUGUCAAACAGCACCCACAGACAGAAGCGAUCCAUCAGCACUGAGCGCUUUGUGGAGACGCUUGUGGUCGCUGAUAAAAUGAUGGUCGGUUACCACGGACGCAAAGACAUUGAGCACUACAUCCUGUCCGUAAUGAAUAUUGUUGCCAAACUUUACCGUGAUGCCAGCCUAGGAAAUGUUGUGAACAUUAUUGUGACCCGGCUGAUUGUUCUGACUGAAGAUCAGCCAAAUCUGGAAAUUAAUCAUCAUGCUGACAAGUCUCUGGACAGUUUCUGUAAGUGGCAGAAGUCCAUCCUGUCUCAUCACAGCGAUGGAAACAGUAUUCCAGAGAAUGGGAUGGCUCAUCAUGACAAUGCUGUCCUAAUCACCCGGUAUGACAUCUGCACCUACAAGAACAAACCUUGUGGUACCUUAGGUCUGGCCUCAGUGGCUGGAAUGUGUGAGCCAGAGAGGAGCUGCAGCAUCAAUGAAGACAUCGGCCUCGGUUCUGCUUUCACCAUUGCGCACGAGAUUGGCCACAAUUUUGGGAUGAACCAUGAUGGGAUUGGGAAUUCUUGCGGUACCAAAGGUCACGAGACAGCCAAACUGAUGGCUGCUCAUAUAACAGCCAACACCAACCCUUUCUCCUGGUCUGCCUGCAGCAAAGACUACAUCACCAGCUUUCUCGACUCAGGUCGGGGGACGUGUCUGGACAAUGAACCUCUGAAACGAGACUUCCUGUACCCAACAGUGGCCCCGGGGCAGGUGUAUGAUGCAGAUGAGCAGUGUCGCUUCCAGUAUGGAACCUCUUCACGCCAGUGCAAGUAUGGGGAAGUGUGUAGAGAGCUCUGGUGCCUUAGCAAAAGCAACCGUUGUGUAACUAACAGUAUUCCUGCUGCAGAGGGGACCCUGUGCCAGACAGGCAACAUUGAAAAAGGGUGGUGCUACCAGGGGGAAUGUGUUGCGUUUGGUACCUGGCCUCAGAGUGUGGAUGGAGGCUGGGGGCCAUGGUCCAUUUGGGGGGAGUGCAGCAGGACCUGUGGGGGCGGUGUAUCCUCCUCCAUGAGGCACUGUGACAGCCCAGCCCCAUCUGGAGGAGGCAAGUACUGUCUCGGAGAGAGGAAACGAUACAGAUCCUGUAACACUAACGCCUGCCCUGCAGGAUCUCGUGAUUUCCGAGAGAAGCAGUGCGCUGAUUUUGACAACUCCCCUUUCCGUGGGAAGUACUACAACUGGAAGCCUUACACUGGGGGUGGUGUGAAGCCCUGUGCGCUGAACUGCUUGGCAGAAGGCUAUAACUUCUACACUGAGCGGUCUCCUGCUGUCAUAGAUGGCACCCAAUGUCAGGCUGACUCGCUGGACAUUUGCAUCAAUGGAGAGUGUAAGCAUGUUGGCUGUGACAACAUACUGGGCUCAGAUGCCAAAGAAGACCGAUGCCGUGUGUGUGGAGGGGAUGGCAGCACCUGCGAGGCCACAGAAGGACUCUUUAACAAGUCUCUACCCAGAGGAGCUUUGAAAUCUGAAGGGGAUGAUUAUUACAUCAAUGGAGCGUGGACCAUUGACUGGCCCAGGAAGUUUGAGAUUGCAGGGACAGCCUUCCACUACAAGAGACCCUCUGAUGAACCAGAGUCUUUAGAAGCGUUGGGUGCUACCACUGAAAAUCUGGUUGUCAUGGUCCUCCUUCAAGAGCAGAACCUUGGAAUACACUACAAGUUCAACGUCCCCAUCCAGCGCACAGGGAGUGGUGAUAAUGAGGUGGGCUUCUCCUGGCACCACCUGCCCUGGUCUGAAUGCUCAGCUACCUGUGCCGGAGGUUCUCAGAAGCAGGAGUUAGCCUGUAAAAGGCUGGACGACAACUCAGUGGUACAGAACAACUACUGUGACCCAGACAGCAAACCUCCAGAAAACCAGAGAGACUGCAAUACUGAGCCGUGUCCUCCAGAAUGGUUUAUUGGAGACUGGUCAGAGUGUCCGAAGACGUGCGAUGGAGGGAUAAGGACGAGGACAGUCCUCUGUAUCAGGAAGAUUGGUCCCGCUGAGGAGGAGACACUGGAGGACACUCACUGUUUGACUCAUCGGCCUAUCGAGAGAGAGUCCUGCAACAACCAGUCCUGUCCUCCAAAGUGGGUCACUCUGGAUUGGUCCGAGUGCACACCUAAAUGUGGUCCUGGCUUUAAGCACCGCAUUGCCUUGUGUAAGAGCAGCGACCUCACCAAGACCUUUCCGCCUGCCCGCUGCUCGAUCCAUAACAAACCUCAAGUCCGAAUGCGCUGCACUUUAGGGCGCUGUCCUCCUCCCCGCUGGAUCCCUGGUGAAUGGGGACAGUGUUCAGCACAGUGUGGUCUGGGCCAGCAGAUGAGGACGGUACAGUGUCUGUCCUACACAGGACAGCCAUCGAAUGACUGCGUAGAGUCCCUCCGACCAGCCACCAUGCAGCAGUGUGAGAGCAAGUGCGAUGCCACCCCGAUCUCCAGUGGUGAUGAAUGCAAAGAUGUAAACAAAGUGGCUUAUUGCCCGCUGGUACUGAAGUUCAAGUUCUGCAGUCGAGCGUACUUCAGACAGAUGUGCUGCAAGACUUGCCAGGGGCACUGACCCUUUGAAUACAAGAGUGAGACAAGAAGAUGGUCAUAAAGGCAAGAACGAUGGAGGGAUACAGUGCUUAAGAGGGUGAGAAGAAAACAGCAGACUGGAAAAUGCAUCCCGACUCUGAACCAGUGGAAGAAUGAAAAAGUUGUCAAUGUUGAAGACGGGAGAAAAGCGAGGAUUUCCCUGUUUAUCAUACCCCAUACUCCUGCCCUCUGUCGUGGUGGAAUCUAAACCACUGCUCAGCCAAUGAUGCUGACACAAACAUUAUUUUUUUGUUUUUUACAUUUUCACUUCUGUGAAGUGGAACUCGGAAGACUAACUGUUGGUGAUGUUAUCUUUUAUUAUAAUAAUAAUUAUUAAUAUCAUUGUUAGUCUUCCUCAGUGUUUGUUUUUUUUACGAAUCCAAAGUGCUGGACACAUCGCUCGCAGAGGAUGUACCCCGGAGAUUAGAAGAGGGGGGAUGGGAGACUCCUGUCUUUGGGAUGACUGUGAUGGUGCUAUUGGCAGAGCAGGCUUCGGUGCACUUUUUUCAUGUAAAUACCAAUUUACUGCUCAAAUGCAACAGAGAAUCCCUGUUGGUGUACUGUAUAUUUAUUGUACAAUCCAAAACAGAGCUGAUAUAUUGUCCUCUGAUCAUCUUUUCGCCAGAUAGUAGCCUAUUGUUAUGGAAGGGAAUGUAAUGUGAUUGAAUUCAUAUUCAGUUUCUUUUUUGCUUGAGUGAAAAUAUUACAUACUGUAACAUAUGUUAAACCCUUGUAUACUGUAAGGAUUUGUAUAUUAUAUACAUAUGUUAAUCCAGGGCCAAAAAUUACACCGUGGUUAUUGGAGAUUUUUAAAUCUUUUUUUUCCCCCAGCUGGGUGCCUUAGUUCUUAACAGUCAGGUAAAAGUUCACCCAAAAUCACCAAAGUCAUCUUUUCAAAUGGUGCCUACGCCACAUGAAAAAUUAGUGACCAGACCUUUACUAGCAUCUUACUCAGUUUGGUAUUAAAGGAUUUAUAGGUUUUGUUCAUCUGAGUUGAAGUGCAGUCACCAUUACAUACUCUCUUUAAGGAUCUUUUUGAGGUAAACUAAUAGACCCGCAGUUUGCAAAAUGGCCUUCUUACCAAUGAUUACAUGAAAAGAUUGAUAUAUGAGGUCUGGGCAAGACGAUCGUUAGCUCAGGCCUCAGUCACAGUUUAAUACUGGCAACACAAAUAGGGUGAUCCUCAGCAAACGUCCCUGUGAUUGCUUUAGUUAUUAGCAGAUUGCCACCUUGGUCACCUGUAGUUUGCAUGAAAGAUGCCAACUUAUCUGCAGACAUUUAUUUCUUGAGCUUUAAUGACAUUUUAAUUAGUUAUUUGCUUUUAAAGAAUAAGUUGUGUCUUACUGCUGCAACCUACAUAUUUUGGAAUGUGUAACUUUUACUUUGAAAGCAUAUGUUUAGGUUACACUUACCAUUUCACUACUGCUUGGUAAGUCCGCUUCUUCCAUGCAAAAAACAGCUGAAAAUGGAAAUCUGUCAGUGUCCAAAGCAAUUUCAGAGAAUUUUUCUGUCCAGCACCCUUGCAGCGACCAAUUUAUGCUAGUGACUGCCAGCAACCUCCAGCAAUCAGUUGCCAAACAGUUGUAAAAUACACAUGGGGGUUGGCAGGAGGUCAUUAACUGGUCUGCACACUAGUGUGCACAGCUGUUUGACUAAGACCUUAGGAAAAGUGGAGGGAAAAUGCUGACUAGCUAGGGUGACGUGAAUCAACCUAUUAGCACAUCUAAAGCUCACCAAUUUACAAUUAACAUUUAAUGUAAAAAAAAAUUAAUAAUGAUGAUUAAAAGUCUCGAUUUAAAUGUAAAUUAGGACAUAAAUCAGUAAGUGUUUAUAAUGUUGCUUUUGUCUUUAGUACAAAACCAGCUCCAUAUAAAUGUCGUAUGAAGACCAGUUCAGCAACAGUUUGCAACAGCUAAUAUGUCUGUUUAAUUUAGCUCUGUGAUCUUUAAAUAAGCAGUACUGUAUCUGCUUGAAGCCACCAAUGCAAGCAAAGACUUAAUUUGAAGAUUUGGUUGUCAAUAUUGUUGAACACUUCUGGCUUUAUGGGAGGUUAAUCACAGGCUGCCUGACUUGUGAAGCUGAUGCUUUAAGGGGGACUAAUGAAAUAAAUGUAGCCUACCCAUUCAUUCUCAUCAAAGAUGCCCACUGGCACAGAAACUGAAACUGAAAACACAUUUUAACCCCCC